GUGGUCGCGGGAGGGGCCGGCUAUAUGAGCGUGUGGUGUGCGCGCGCGCCGCACUCCCGCGCAGCCUUACAGUGGUCGUUGCGAAUCCGGUGGUAAUUGAUCAGUGAGCAUGCAGUCGUCAGUGCUGUGCGUGUUGGUGCUGGUGGCGGCGGCGGCUGCAGCCCCCCAGCGGGAAGGAGCUGCUUUCACCAAGGAAGCCAUCAAGCAAGCACAGAAUACCUUCCUCAUUCCUAAAGACGCUGAAAUCCAGAAGGUGCAAGAGGGUAUCGAGCUGGCGGCUUACGAGUCAAUCCCUGGCAACCAGAGGAUCAACCUGUUCGAAAUCCUCGGCGACCAGGUGCCGUCCGAAGUGAUCAACAACUUGCAGGGCCAGAUCGACAAGGUUGGCCGCCAGUAAACUGGCCGCGGCAACCAGGCACGCAUGCUCAGCCGAUGGCAACCAGUAGUGAAUGAACAGAAUUACAUUUGGCAACCGUUAGAUACUGGUUCCCAUUCGGAUUAAUAACGGGUGGACUGAUGGAGAAUAUUAAUUUAUUGAUUGUGCAAGUACAGUACAGUGAAUGUGAUAUUGUGUAACACCUAUCUUUUAUAUGUUUGUACAUAAAUUUUAUUUUUAAAAUAAAACAACAGUACAAAUUUGA